AUGAAACACUCAACUUAUAUUAUUCUUACCAUUCUCUUUAUUCCGAUGAUAUUUUAUAAGAUACAAUUCACUGAGGCCAGACAGUUGCGGAAAACCAACGGUGAAGAUCAUGAUCAUCACUUCAUCACCGGUUACACUGACGAUUUCGGGCCUACUUCUCCGGGUAAUAGUCCAGGCAUUGGUCAUAAGAUGAAAGAGAACAAUGAAAAUGUUCAAGGGUUUAAAGAUGAUUUCAAGCCUACGACACCAGGUCAUAGUCCCGGCGUUGGACAUGCUGCCAAUAACAAUGAGACUAAGGCUUAA